AUGGUGAACGCACACGCAAAUAUGGCAUCGCCGUCGGCGGAUGCAUCGCUAGCUUCCAUGUCCUCCGACCCGUCGAGCCUCCUGAUGAGCAUCUACAACAGCUUCACCGGCUGGUCGGCCUUGCUGGCCCUCUUCAUGCUGCUAGUCGCUUACGACCAGUUCAAGUACAUCUGGCUCAAAGGCUCAAUUGUCGGCCCCAGAUUCAAAAUCCCCUUCAUGGGCCCCUUCCUGGAGUCCGUUAACCCAAAAUUCACCGAGUACAAGGCCAAGUGGGCGAGCGGUGAUUUGAGCUGCGUUUCUGUUUUCCACAAGUUCGUCGUCAUCGCAUCCACUCGAGAUAUGGCCAGAAAGGUCUUUAAUUCUCCCGCCUAUGUCAAGCCAUGCGUUGUCGACUCUGCACACAAACUCCUGGGCAAGGAUAACUGGGUAUUCCUGGAUGGCAAGGCGCAUGUCGAAUAUCGCAAGGGUCUCAACGGUCUUUUUACUAGGUCCGCCUUGACCACAUACAUGCCACAGCUGGACGAAGUUUAUGACAAGUACUUCAAGCAAUUCUUGGAGGAAUCGAAGCAGAACGAUUUCAAGCCUCUGCCAUGGAUGCCGUACUUGCGGGAACUGAUGUGCGCCCUUUCCUGCCGGACUUUUGUUGGCCAUUAUAUGACAGACGAAGCCGUCAAGAAGAUCGCCGAUGACUAUUAUCUCAUCACCGCUGCCUUGGAACUGGUUAAUUUCCCAAUCAUCCUUCCCUUCACCAAGUCGUGGUACGGAAAAAAAGCUGCCGACAUGGUUCUAGAGGAAUUCAGUAAAUGUGCCGCCAAGAGCAAGGUCCGAAUGGCCGCUGGCGGAGAGGCGAACUGUAUCAUGGAUGGCUGGGUCAAACAGAUGCUGGAUUCCGCCGAGUACCGCGAAAAGAUUGCCAAGGGUAUCGAGGUGGAUGAUUCUGAGAAGCCAAAGCACCUCCUCCGCGACUUCACCGACUUUGAAAUUGCGCAGACCGUUUUCACUUUCUUGUUUGCUUCCCAAGACGCUACCUCGAGCGCCAGUACUUGGCUCUUCCAGCUCAUGGCCGACCGCCCCGACAUCCUCGACAAGGUUAGAGAAGAGAACUUGGCUGUGAGAAACGGCGAUCGCAACGGCAAAAUCAGCAUGGACAUUCUUGACAAGAUGCAGUAUACCCGGGCUGUGGUUCGAGAGACUCUUCGAUACCGCCCCCCAGUGAUCAUGGUUCCGUACAUGACCAAGAAGGACUUUCCCAUCACACCCAACUAUACCCUUCCCAAAGGCUGCAUGAUUGUUCCGUCGGUGUGGCCUGCUGCCCAUGACCCCGAAGCCUACCCGAACCCUGAAACUUUUGAUCCCGACCGAUGGAUCACUGGAGAUGCCGAAAAAGCGGCGAAGAACUUUUUGAUCUUUGGAACUGGCCCCCAUUACUGCCUUGGACAGACUUAUGCCCAAUUGAACCUCAUGGCCAUGAUCGGCAAGGCCAGCCUGUUGAUGGACUGGGAACACCAUGCCACCCCAAUCUCUGAAGACAUCAAAGUCUUUGCUACAAUCUUCCCGCAGGAUGACUGCCCUCUUGUUUUCCGUCCUCGAGCGUGA